CUAGCCGACUCCGAUUCCUGGCUCGACUGAGUUGAAACUAGUAGACUCAUUCAUUUUGAUUUAAAUACGAGAUGUCUUACUCUUAUCCGAUCAUUCGAUCCACACACCCGCUCUUGAAUCAUUUGCCACUAGACCAUGUUGACAAUCACCAACAUUAACUAUCUGGACCUACUAUGCCUUACCGGUGUUACAAUUGGAGUCUAUCUGGUAAAGCAGGUGGUCAUCAAGAAGAAUCCUGCACCAUACCCACCUGGUCCCCGGGGGUGGCCUCUCAUUGGCAAUAUUUUAGAUAUGCCUCACAUCAAGCCCUGGCUUACAUUUAGUGUGUGGGGUCAGAAGUAUGGUGAUAUCACGCAUAUCAGGGUUCUGGGUCGCCACAUCAUUGUGCUGAACUCUGUCAAGACCGCAAUGGAAAUGAUGGACAAAAAAAGCAUUGUGUACUCUGACCGUCCUGUUCUUCCUAUGUGUGGCGAACUUGUUGGCUGGAAGGAUUCUUUGCCCUUCCUUCCUUAUGGUGACCCUUUUCGCCAGCAACGCAAGAAAUUACAUCGCAUCAUCGGCAGUCGUGCUGCAGUGAGCGUAUACAAUGAGGUUGUGGAGGUUGAGACUCGUCGAUUCCUGCAGCGUGUGCUUGCAAAAUCCGAUCGACUGCAGGAGCAUGUCCGACACACUGUUGGCGCUAUCAUUCUGCGCAUCUCUCAUGGUUACGAAGUGAAAGAGAAAAAUGAUCCCUUUGUUGACCUUGCAGACCGCGUUACAAGCCAUGUCUCGCAGGCCACAGCUCCCGGUGCCUUUAUGGUUGAUAUUUUACCAUUUUUGGCAAAGGUCCCCGCGUGGUUCCCCGGGGCUGGCUUCAAGCGCAUAGCACGUGAAUGGCAUGAGACCCUCGAAGAGAUGGUUUCUGCACCCCACAAGCUCGUCAAGGACCAGAUGGUUGCUGGCAUCGCCCCUGUGUCUUUUACCUCGAAUCUUUUGGAAGGCGGCGAUCUGUCUGCGGAGGAGGAACACGUCGUGAAAUGGUCUGCUUUUUCCAUAAACGUUGGUGGUACCGACACGGUUCGUCCUUCUCUACAACAUCUUCUGAGAGUACCAAACCUAUUUCCUCAGAGUGUUUCCGCAAUAUACUCGCUUUUUCUAGCUAUGACACUUUUCCCUGAUGUGCAGAAGAAAGCUCAGGCUGAAAUAGAUGCGGUUGUUGGUCCUGACCGUCUUCCCUCCUUCGCCGAUCGCGACUCCCUCCCUUAUACUGAGGCUCUUGUCAAAGAAGUCCUGCGCUGGAACGUUAUCCUUUCCACUGGUUUUCCUCACUGUGUGGCUGAAGAUGAUAUCCAUAACGGGUACUAUAUUCCAAAAGGCUCCUUAGUACUACCUAACAUUUGGUUGAUGCUCAACGAUCCACAGACAUAUACUAACCCCUCUCAAUUCAAUCCUGAACGCUUCUUGGCUAAGGAUGGAAAUGACCCUGAGAUGGAUCCUCGUACGGUGUGUUUUGGCUUCGGUAGACGUAUUUGCCCAGGCCUCCACCUUGCUGAUGCUUCCGUUUGGAUAUCUGCUGCAAUGUCACUAGCCGUAUUCGAUAUCUCCAAGGUUGUUGAGAAUGGUGUUGAGAUCACCCCCGAGGUUGAACCCUUACCAGGUACGGUCAGCCAUCCCAAACCGUUCAGGUGUUCCAUCAAGCCUCGCUCUGCAACUGCCCUCGAGCUUAUUGGACAAGAUGCUAACUACUAAGCUCACGAUGGUGAUACCGGAGAAAUACACGUGAAUAUGAAUACUUGGCAUGCGUCGUAAUUUGUAUGUUACACUCAAGAGUUGUGCAAUAUGAUUUUUUAGAGUUC